AUGUUUGGUGAUAUUCUGGUGUUUGGUUCUAAACCGGUGAGCUUAGACGAUGUUCCUGAUAUGUCAUUCUUUGAUGAUAAUAGAACAAAAGCUGUGGAAGACAGAGUUUCAAAACUUGAAAAAGAAAAAGCUGCUUCAGAUGAGAAGAUGAAAAACUUAGAAGCAGAGAAUGUGGUUUUGAAUAAUGAGGUUCAAUCGUUGAAUGAAAAGGUCGUAAGUCUUGAAGCUGGGAAUGUUGCGCUUAAUGAAGUUGUUCAAGGCUUAGUGACUACGAACGAACAGUUGUCUACUUCGAAUACAAUGUUGAUGUCAAAGAAUGAGAUAUUGAAGAAGAUGGUUAACAACCACAAAGCAGACAAGAAGCUGAAAUCAAAACAAAUCGAGAUGCUAGUUGAGGCUCAGAGGACAGAAAGAGAAAAGAAAGCAGCUGAGGAAGCAGCAGAGGCAACUAAAGACAAAGGAAAACAAAAUAUCAUCGAAUACAGUAAUGAUGAUGACGACGAAGAUGAAGAUGAGGAUGAAGAAGAAAAAGAUGAUGGAUUCAAAGCCAUCGAUGAUUACAAAGAUAGUGAUGAUGAUCAAGGUGGAGGCGGAAAUCUUCAGAUAAACGAAGAAAGAGAUGUAGCUGACCCUAAGGGGGAGAGUGGUUCGGGUGCUAUUCACGAUGAAGAAUCAGCUGGAAUCUUCACAGAGGCUGUUCCAAUUAACUCUAUUCCAGCUGAUACACUAAAGUUGAUGGAGAGAUUGGGUAUAACCGAUGAAUCGUUCAAAUUUGAUUUCGAAGAAGUGUUAGAGAAGAUAAACCUGAAUGAAGCUGAAAGUUAUGUUUUCAAGAAUGUAUCUGAAGUGAAUGAUUAUGACAACGUCGUCAUGGAGGAUGAUACUGAUUCCGAUAAAGAUGAGUCAUUUCAUUAUUCCUUAGCUAGGAAGUUUCCUUAA